UGUCCCUCUGCAGGAGACUCUUACAACCAAGGAAAGUUGCUGCUCCCGGUAGCGCCUAGGGGUUCUCCGAGCUGUGUUCAGCCGCCGCCAUCCCUCUACAACUACGGCUCUUCAGAGAUCUCCUUCGCCUGUACCUGUACCUUUGCUCACUUCAGCCUGAUCUUCUGUGUCCAGGACGCCCCACCUAUGACGAUGCUCCUGGACGGAGGCCCGCAGUUCCCUGGGCUGGGAGUGGGCAGCUUCGGUGCUCCGCGCCACCAUGAGAUGCCCAACCGCGAGCCUGCAGGCAUGGGAUUGAAUCCCUUCGGGGACUCAACCCAUGCUGCGGCUGCUGCUGCGGCCGCCGCCUUCAAGUUGAGCCCAGCCACCGCUCAUGAUCUGUCUUCGGGCCAGAGCUCAGCUUUCACACCGCAAGGUUCAGGUUAUGCCAACGCCCUGGGCCACCACCACCAUCACCACCAUCACGCCAGCCAGGUGCCCACCUACGGCGGUGCUGCCUCUGCCGCCUUCAACUCUACUCGCGACUUUCUGUUCCGUCAGCGUGGUUCUGGGCUCAGCGAGGCAGCCUCCGGGGGCGGGCAGCAUGGGCUUUUCGCUGGCUCGGCCAGUGGUCUUCACGCUCCAGCUGGUAUUCCUGAGCCUCCUGGGUACUUGCUCUUUCCUGGGCUUCAUGAGCAGGGCGCUGGGCACCCGUCGCCCACAGGGCACAUGGACAACAACCAGGUCCAUCUCGGGCUCCGCGGGGAGCUAUUUGGCCGUGCAGACCCAUACCGCCCUGUAGCUAGCCCGCGCACAGACCCCUACGCGGCCAGUGCGCAGUUCCCUAACUAUAGCCCCAUGAACAUGAACAUGGGCGUGAACGUGGCGGCACACCACGGGCCUGGCGCAUUCUUCCGUUACAUGCGGCAGCCCAUCAAGCAGGAGCUGUCCUGUAAGUGGAUCGAGGAGGCUCAGCUGAGCCGGCCCAAGAAGAGCUGUGACCGGACCUUCAGUACCAUGCACGAGUUGGUUACUCAUGUCACUAUGGAGCAUGUCGGGGGCCCUGAGCAGAAUAAUCACGUCUGCUAUUGGGAGGAAUGUCCCCGCGAAGGCAAAUCUUUCAAGGCGAAGUACAAACUGGUCAACCAUAUCCGAGUGCACACAGGCGAGAAGCCCUUCCCAUGUCCCUUCCCAGGUUGUGGGAAGAUUUUUGCCCGCUCUGAGAACCUCAAGAUCCACAAAAGGACCCACACAGGUGAGAAACCUUUUAAAUGUGAAUUCGAAGGCUGCGAUAGACGGUUUGCCAACAGCAGUGACCGCAAGAAGCACAUGCAUGUUCAUACCUCGGAUAAGCCCUACAUAUGCAAAGUGUGCGACAAGUCUUACACACACCCGAGCUCCCUGCGCAAACACAUGAAGGUUCAUGAAUCUCAAGGGUCAGAUUCAUCCCCUGCUGCCAGUUCAGGCUAUGAAUCUUCCACUCCACCCGCUAUAGCUUCUGCAAACAGUAAAGAUACCACUAAAACCCCUUCUGCAGUUCAAACUAGCACCAGCCACAACCCUGGACUUCCUCCCAAUUUUAACGAAUGGUACGUCUGAGGACAACCAAAACGCAUUAAAAAAAGAAAACCGAGACAAAUCAGAUGGAAAUGGAGUUUUAAAGCAAGAGGCCAUAUAUAGGGCUACAUCUUGGUAAUUGCAAUUGUUCAGGAAGGUUUUGGGCAAGAUCCAAAAGUAGCCAUGC